AUGGGCAACCAGGUAAAGGUGCUGUGCAAAGCGCGAAAGAUGAGUUCGCAGCAGUUUCUUGCUUUUAGAGCCCGCUUUGAAAUCUUUUCUGCACGGCCUAUCCUUAGAGCAACAGCUUCUCAAGGUCGCAGUUUGCGGAUGCAAUGUUCAAGCUGCAGCUGGUCACCUAGUCAAGAAAGGGCACGUUUGUUUCAAAGCCACAGCUUUGACCUGAACGGGCCCUUAUGCCAGCUAUAUGUCUUGGGGCCAAAGGCGAUGGCACGGUACUACCUGGCGCUGAGCCAAGCCCGCCUCGCAGAGCUGCGACGUGCCGAUGUGGUCUUCGCGACCUGCAUCUCUGCGCGACGCGGAGGCCUCAGCGCGGCCUUGCAGGGCCAAGGGGCGCCGGAACUUCUACAAGUGGUGUUGGAUGAGGCGGGUCAAGCACCGGAGCCGGAGGCCUUGUGCCCUGCAACUUUGGCCAAAAACGCUAAGAAAAUCGUCCUGGUGGGUGAUCCAAAACAGUUGAGACCCAUCACCGUGAGCCCUGCCGCCGAGCGCAUGGGGCUCAACAUCUCCCUGCUGGAGCGUUUGAGCAACUGCCCCUGGAGCGAGCCGAAGCUUUUGUCCUUGCAGUAUCGCAUGCACGAGGAUCUGAACGCUUUUCCUGCGGCCUACUUCUACGGUGGCCGCGUUCGAACUGAUCCUGGCAUCUUGUCGCGGUCCCCGGGACGCCUGGCGCACCCCACGACCAAACAACGCGCGGCGUUGCUGUUCUGGGCCGCCAGUUCCGCGCCGGAACAGAUUUCGCAAGUGCGGACAGCGUCCAGUAGCGCCAAGUCGCGCUUCAAUCCUGCGGAGGCGCUGCGCUGUGCCGAUCUCGCCAAGUCCUUGGCCAAGGCCGUGGGUGCCUCGCGCGUGGCCAUUUUGACGUGGUACAACGCACAGGCUGCGGCGAUGGGCAAAAGCCUGGAGCAAAUCUUUGAUGAAAUCCACAUCCAUCGGAACCACCAGGUGUAUGUUGGCGGCGUCGUCAGCUCCCAGGGUAAUGAAUGGGACUAUGUGAUCCUCAGCACGGUUCGCAGCAGCCCGGGCGGUCUGGGGGCUCUGGAGGAUGAGCAUCUGCUGGACGUGGCGCUGACGCGCGCCAAGUACGGUGACGUGGUCGAAGAGAAGGGAAAAAGUAUGUGUGUCUUGGGCACACCCGAGACAUUACGUCGGAUCAAUGCCUGGGCCUGCCACGUGGCUGGUGAUUCAUUCUCAACCCUUAGUUCUCUAGCCCGCUUCGCUUCGCUCUUCGCUGCCAUGCUGCGCCUUGGCAUCGAACAUCUCGUCCUGGCUUCGGCAUGGAAGGCUGCAGAGUUGAUGGCUGGCUUGCAUCACAUCCACGUAGCGUUGGGACGUGCAGGUGCACUGGACUCAAGUUGGAUUGCGCCGAGGCUUGACAUCAUCCACGUGGACAUCAAGCCUGCCAAUCUCUUCCUCACAGCAGCGCAUCCCGUUACAGAGGCCGUGGGAACUGCCGCUACGUUGGCGAAGCUUGACAUCCCGGUGGAGCCGAUUCUCCGGCACAAGUUCUAUGUCGAGGUUUGGUCCCUGAUGAGGUCGGUGUCCCAGAUCAGGGAUGGAGCCAAGUUUUCGGGGAGGUGGUGGAGCCACACUCGUUUUUGCCGUGGGCCCCUUCAAGAUGGCUGCGAGGCGCUGCGCUGUGCCGAUCUCGCCAAGUCCUUGGCCAAGGCCGUGGGUGCCUCGCGCGUGGCCAUUUUGACGUGGUACAACGCACAGGUUCAACAGUUGAACGAGACCUUGGAAGGAACUGGUGUGUAUGUUGGCGGCGUCGUCAGCUCCCAGGGUAAUGAAUGGGACUAUGUGAUCCUCAGCACGGUUCGCAGCAGCCCGGGCGGUCUGGGGGCUCUGGAGGAUGAGCAUCUGCUGGACGUGGCGCUGACGCGCGCCAAGUACGGUAUGUGUGUCUUGGGCACACCCGAGACAUUACGUCGGAUCAAUGCCUGGGCCUGUUUUUUGGACCACUGUGAAGCCAAGAACCUGGUGAUUCAUUCUCAACCCUUAGUUCUCUAGCCCGCUUCGCUUCGCUCUUCGCUGCCAUGCUGGGUUCUGAGACAGCACUGCCUGCGCGGUGAUGCGCGGUGACGCGAAACAUGCUGGAUAAUGCACGGCACGUGGCAAGAAGUGGGAAUUCCACAGAGAGACGCUGAUGAUAUGAUUGAUUGUUUACCAAUCACCGGGGAGUGUCCGUUGCUGGUGAAAGCGAGGACCUGAAAUGCGAGAUCUCGCCCUUGGUCUCC